AUAACCAAAACAAUAAUAUACGAGAGAGAGAAAGGUUCAUGGCUGUUGAGCGGAGUACCAUUCCACCACCACCACCACCACUCUUCGACAUCAUAAAAUCACAAGACGACUUGGCUUACGGUUCGUCGUCAACAGACACAACACACCAAGCCAAAAAAAAAAAUUAAUAAAUAACACAUAAAUAAUUAUCUUGUCUUCAAUAAUAACAGUGCAAAGUGUUUAAACACAAUUAAAUACAAAUAAUAUUUAUAAAAAUUAUUUUUUGCUGUUUUUAUUUUUGCCAUUAAAAAGGUCAACAAUAAUAACAACAAUAAUAAUUAUAUUCAAAAUAAUAAUAAUAAUAAUAAAGUGAAAAACCAGUUUUUAUUUAUUUGAUGAUAUUUUUUUUGUUUAUUUAUCAAAGUAACAAGAGUGUUUGGUGAAUUUAAAGAGAAAAAAAAUAUAAAAGUAAUUGUGAUUGUGAUAUUUUGGAGUAAAUUUUGUUGCGUGAUUGAUUUUGCGACGAAGAUAAUAUACAUUUUGAAUAUAAUAAUAUUAUUCUUUUUGCUAUUCAAUUGUCCUCGGUGUCAUGAAUGACAUCGUCAUUGAAAACAAAAAUAAUCGUUAAACAAAAAAUAGAAAGAGACGCAUAUAUAAACAAAGGAGUAAAAAAAAAAAAAACGUAAAUAAACAUUUAAUAACAAGAAAAUAUAUAAACGUGUAAAAAUUUUAUUUUAAAAUUGAAAUAUUGAGAAUUUAUAAAGUUUAAAUAGUUUAUUGAUUAAUUUAUAAUUUUUCUUUUUAUUUUAUUACGAAGAAAUAAAUACGUGUUUGUGAUUGUGUUGAAGAAAAUUAUUUGAUUGUGAAUCAACGCUCAUUACGUAUUCGAAUAAUUCACAUAAUAUUACUGUGAAUAAACAUUGAUUAAUUGAUAAAAUUAUAAACAAAUAAAUUGAUAAACAAUACGUGUAAUUUAAAGGCGUCGGUAGUUUUUUUUUUCUGAAUACAUAAUUUGAAAAAAAAAAAAAAAUAAACUGACCGUGCAGAACAAGACAAAAGGGUCUUGAAAAAUAUUUUGAAAGACAACGAACCUUUUCAGUAAAAAGAAAGAAAUAAAUAAAAACAAAAUGCCGAGUGCAGAAGAGACAACAACAACAACUUCCUUGUUCAAGGUAAUACCAGAAACAACCCAGGAUUUUGUGACCCGGGAUGUCGACCACCUGGUGUCUGAAAUCAAAGAAAAUCUACGACUUUCAAGUCUCAAGGCAAAAUCAAGUGUUAAAACUAAAAAUCGUGCAUCACCAUAUCUACCAUUAUCACGUAAUGAACAAAAAAUGAAUUUAUAUGAAAUUCGUAUGAAACAUAUCAACAAUAAAAAUAAAACUGAAGAUGAUGAUGAUCCAUAUGAACAGCUAUGUCAAUUAAUUAAACAAGGAAGAUUAAUUAAUGAAGCUGUUAAAAAAUUACAAAUUAAAAAAUUAUCAAAUUUAUCAAAUUCUGAUGAUUGUGGUUAUCGAAAAAAAACUUAUUACUAUGAUUCAGAAGAUGAACAACUUCCUGCUGUUUAUGGAUCACUUGAUUUGUAAAAAAAAUUAUUUAGAUUUUUUCAAUUUUCAAUUUAAUCAUGAUAUAUAUAUAUUUUUUUUUUGAUUACGUGCUCGAAAUGAUGGAAAAAUUUAAG